GAGGAAGAGGAGGAAGAGGCGCUGACCACCAUGUCAUCCGUGAGGACGACGGCGAUGGGCCGGGUCCUGUGAUGAUCAUGUUGCUGGUCAUGAUGUAGGUCGGUGUCUGGACGGACCCGCUCGGAGACAUGAUGAUGAUGAUGGACCGCAGCGGCGACGACAGCGGCGACUCUUCCUCGGAGGGGGGGCAGGAGGACGAGCUCCCCGCAGGGGGUCUGGACCACGUGCGGAUGCACCUCACCUGCUUACCGGAGCGCUACAUGAGGGCCAAGUUCACCCUGUCCGCUUACCUGCUCUGCUGGACGGUCCUCAGGCUGUGGCAGAGGCUGAGAUGCUCCAACAGCGUGAGUCAGGCCCCAGAGGCACCUGAGGACUCUGCAAAUGAUACAGAGUGCUUGGAGGACCCAGAACCUCAAGACUGGGCUGACGCGGGCCAAGAGACCACGGAGGAGUACUUUGACACACACUCAUCUCACAGCGACACCUUUUCGGACCUCAUCCCCGAUAGUGAGACGAUCCUGCCGGCUGGGUGGCCCCUGGAGCCCACCAAGAGGGAACCACAAGGAAGACUCAGCUCUAGCAAUGACCCAGGAAACACGCAUCCCAGCAGGCCUGAGGAGGAAGCUCCCCUGGAGCACCACCGUGUUGAACCACACUCACAUGCAGCACAGCAGUGUUUGCCCAGCACCUGCCUGUUGGUCACACACGAGUGGCCUGGGCCUUCAAGGACACAAGAGGCAAUUAGUAAUGUCCCUAAAACGCUGCCUCUGGAAGGUGAACUUCCUUCCCCCUCAAAAUCAGUCGUUCUGCAGGUACUCUCCGUACCCUCGAGGAAGGAGGAGUGUCCUGUGACAGAACCACUGUGCGAAUCCACAGAAACAGGGCUUACGCCGGGAGGACUCCAUUCUGGUAAGGGGAGUGUCUCUGAAACGGAGGAAGAGCAGCUACAGUGCAUCUUCACGCCCACCCACAACAUCCACCAAAGGCCGGACCCGUUGGAGGUCUGCAAGCUAAUCUCAAACCCUAUGGAGUCGCUAACAGAGGAUCGAGAUGGACACAGCAGGACUGGGCACAGGGCUACCUCAGAGGAGUGGCAUGGAAACUGGGCCGAGGAGAACAUUGCUGCAGAUACGUGGCGCGGCAGUCACGUACAGACUCGUUCUGAAAUCCAGGUGGACACUGGGGCCCAAGUGCAGCCCGGCACUGAGGAAAUGGUUGUAGAAAUCCAGACAGAUGUUGAUAUCUGUACCGAUUAUAAUGCUGAACAAGUAGUUUUAGAAUCCAAGUCUAGCACUUGGGUUGGUGUCCAGCCUGGCUUUGAGGAAACCCAAGUCACCAAGCUGGAUACCAAAAACUGUGCACAGUCUGCUACUGAGGAAAUGGUUUUAGAAACCAUGUCUUUAGAAACCCUGCACAAUACUAGCUCAGGUAGGCAGUCUUCCACUGAGGCUGAAGUGUUAGAAUCCCAGACAGAUGUUGCUGUCUCUAUAGAUUUGGACAAUGAAAAAAUAGUUUUAGAGACCCAGCUCAGUGCAUGUGUGCCGUCUGGCACGGAGGAAACUGUUUCAGAAGUCCAGGUGAACACACACACCUGUGUACAGUCCACAACCGAGGAGGGUGUUUUAGAAAACCAUACAAACGCGGACAUCGAUAUAAAGUCUGAUGCAGAAGAAACCGCUUCAGAAACACAGUUUAUUGUUGGUUCAUAUCUGCAGUCUGGGAUUGAGAGGACUGUUCCAGUAAUUCAACUAGACACUAGACACUUAGACAAUACCUGUAUACAGUCAGUCAAUGAGAAACAAGUUUUUGAAACCUGCUCAGAUGUUGAUACCUUUUUAGAAUCCAAUGCUGAAGAAAUUGUGUUAGAAACUUGCCCUACUAGUUGUGUGCCAUCCGGCGCCAAGGAACCUGUUUCGGAAGUCCAUCUGGGCACAAUAGCCUGUGUACAGUCCACCACAGAUGAGAGGUUUUUACAACACCAGGCAAGCAUUGCUACCUGUAGGGAAUGGGACACUGAAGAACCUGCUUUAGAAACACUGCCUAGUCUUUCUUCCUGUGUGCAGCCCGAAACGGGGGAAACUUCUCCAGAAAUCCAGUUGGACACCAGUACAAGUGGAUGUUUUGGCACUGAUGAAAGAUCCACAUGGAUCCCCAACACCUGCUUAGAGUCCAGCACUGUGGGAGAUGUUGCAGAAUCCCAGCUGACUGAUCUUUGUGCUCAGUCUGGUGCUGGAAUUAAUGUUUCGGGAGUUGAGCUACGCACUAACACCUGUGAGAAGUCUUUUACUAAGGCGGAUAUCUUAUACUGUCAGACAUUUAUUAGUACUUGUGCAGAGUCUAGCACUAUGGAAGGUGAUUUAAAAACCCAGACAGGUACAAAAGUCUCUGUAACAACAGCUGCUGAGGAGCCAGGGUACAUUGCACGUAUACUAGGUGCAACAAAGGAGUGUGUUGCGGACACCCAGCCAUGUGGUCCUAUGGAAGAUGUUUCAGUAAUCGAAACACGAUCCUCUGGACAUGUGCUAUCUGGUACUGAAGAAGAUGAAUUAGUAACCCGGGCACACUCUGAUUCGUGUGUAUCGUCUGGUCUUGAGGAAGGUGUUUCAGUAGCCCAGGUGGACGCAACUGUCUCUGUAACGUCAGUUGCUGAUGAACCAGAGUGCAUUGCAUGCACACCAGAUGGAUCAAAGGAGUGUGUUGUGGAAACCCAGCCAUGUGUCCUAUCUGGUCCUGAAGAUGAUGUUUUAGUGAGUGAAACACAUUCCAGUGCAUGUGUACUGUCUAGUAUUGAAGAUGAUGAUUUGGACAACCAAAAACACUCCAUUUGUGUGCCAUGCGGUACAGGGGAAGAUGAAUUGGUAACCCAGACACGCGUUGAUUCAUGCACACUGCUUGGUUCUGAGGAAGAUGUUUCAGUAAGCAAAACAUACCCCAACGCAGGUGUAAUAUCUGGGACUGAAGGAGAUGAAUUAGUGACCCAAUCACACCCUGAUUCAUGUGUACUAUCUUGUCCUGGAGAAGAUGUUUCAGCAGCACAGCUGGACACAAAUGUCUCUGUGAUAUCAGCUACUGACGGAGCAGGGUACAUUGCACUUACAGCGGAUGGAGAAAAAGAAUGUGUUGCGGAUACCCAGCCAUGUGCCCUGUCUGCUCCUGAGAAAGAUGUUUUUGAGUCUCCGCAAGAUGGGUUUGUCUCUGUUAUAGCUGGAACUGGGCAGUCAGAUUACGCUGCAAGUCAACUGUCUAAUGGGGGUGUUAUAGAAAUUCAGCACCUCUCCAAUGCAUGUAUGCCAUCUGGUGCUGAGGAACAUAUUUUAGCAACCCAAACACACUCCAGUACACACAUACUGUCUGAUAAGGAGGAAGAUGAAUUAGUAAACCAAAGGCACUCUGAUUCAUGUGUAUUUUCUGGUCUUGAAGAAAAUGUUUCAGUAAACCAGCUGGACACACAUGUUUCUGUAAUAUCAGCUACUGAUGAGCCAGAGUACAUUGCAUGUACAGCAGGUGAAACAAAUGAGUGUGUGGUGCACACCCAGCCAUGUGCACCAUCUGAUCUCGAGGAAGUUGUUUCAAUAGCGCAGAAACAGUCCGAUGUAUGUGUACUGUCUAGCGCUGUGGAAGAUGAUUCGGAAACCCAAACGCCCUUAGUUUCGAGUGUACCGUGUGGUACAGAGGAAGAUUAUUUAGUAACCCAGACACACUCUGAUUCAUGUGUUCUUUCUGGUGCUGAGGAAGAUGUUUCAGUAGCCCACGUGGAAACAAAUGUCUCUGUAACGUCAGUUGCCGAUGAACCAGAGUACAUUGCGUGUGCACCAGGUGGAGCAAAGGAGUGUGUUGUGGACGCCCAGCCAUGUGUACUUUCUGGUCCCGAGGACGAUGUUUUAGUAAGUGAAACACACUCCACUGCACAUGUACUGUCUAGUAUUGCAGAAGAUGUUUUAAUAACACAAACACACUCAGUUUCAAAUGUACCAUGUAGUAUACAGGAAGAUGAUGUAGUAACUCAGACACACUCUGAUUCAUGUGUACGUUCUGGUCCUGAGGAAGAUGUUUCGGCGGUCCAGCCGGACAAAGUUGUCUCUGUAAUGUCAGUUGCUGAUGAGCCAGAGUGCAUUGCAUGUGUACCAGGUGGAACAAUGGAGUGUGUUGUGGACACCCAGCCAUGUGUCCUAUCUAGUCCUGUGGAAGAUGUUUCAGUAUCCCAAACACACCCUGACCAAUGCAUAGUAUCUUGUACUGAGAAAGAUGUUUUUGAAAGCCAAAUGCACACAAGCAUCCCAGAGGAAUCAAACUCCACUGCAAGUGUACUUUUUGAGGGAGAGGUUCCUGCAACACAGCACCUGUACAGUGUGUGUUUACUAUCUGGUACUCAGGAAGCCCUUGAAGAAACACAAACCCUUUCUAGUACAUGUUUGCUGGCAGGUACAGAGAGGGCUGUGCCAGAAGCUCAGCCUUCCCAUAAUGGGUGUGUGGAAGGUAGAGCUGAGGAGCUUUUGAAAGAAAACAUGCCCACAUCACACAAAGACUGGGAGGUCAUGUUCUCGCCAAGCACAGGGCCAAUGGCUUCCACUGAGCUGGAAAGGGAGACCUCCACGUGGGAGGAGAAGCGAGAGUCUGGGACUCGGUUAUUGGAGGAUCAAGGGGAGCGCAGUGUUGGUUGUGUCCCAGAGAGAUACACAGAGAAUACCCUCACUAGUUACCCAGAGUUUCAAACAUGUUAUGGAGUUGGACCAAAUAACAGUGAGACUAUGGAAGAGUUAAUACCCUGCCAUGCUGACACCACUGAAAGUACUGUUGAAUUAUCUGGUGACCAUCAGCUGAAUGUUACAUAUAGUGAUUUGAGCCAUUCAGACACAGGAUAUGAAACAAGUCAGGCAUCAACAGAAACGCCGAUCAGCUCUAAUCAUCUGAAAUCCUGUGGGGCUGACUUGACCAUAGAUACCUAUCCAUCCUACAAGGACACCGUACAGAUUUAUCCCUCAGAGCUAGAUAAUAUUAAAAAGCUGGGGAUGGAGUGUGUGUUGGGCGCCAGUUCCCAGCUCUGUACACAGGUUGAAUCCCAUUUCAAGGAUCUGGAAGAUAACUGUGUUUCCCAGGAGCACUACACCCUGGAAUGCAAAUGGCACUCAGAUACAAAUAACAACACAAAGGCAGCUUUAAAUUCCUUAAGUCCUCCAGAUGAUUUUCCCACAGUGCAGUACCAAGGAGUUACUGAAGAGCCUGGGGACUUGCUGUCACGAGAGGAUACUAGUGCUCCCAAGCUAAGCACACUGCUGCAGGAUUCUCAAAGUGCACUCCGCCAUCGUGUUGAGCUGGAAAAUUCUCGAUCUGACAUCGUGAACCAAGAGCCCAGCUGGACCCAUGAAAAUUCCGUAUGGCGACUGAUCAUUAACAGCUCCAAGGGGUCACAGGUGGGCAACCAUCCUUCAGAAUUUGAAGAACCUGAGAGAUUUGGAGCGAAAGUUCAGCAGAAGGAGGUAGAUGACCCUGUUGAUACUACUGUUAACCCUGCUUCCUACAGCUAUGUCCUCCCCUCACAUACUGAUAUGGAGUCUGAGGAGAAGGCUGCACCCAAUCACACUGAGAGAAGUAAAGGCUCUGUAAGUAGCAGGGAUUUGCUUCAGGAUCAACUGGAUCCUAAGAGCUCUGGAGAUAAAGAAUAUGGCUUCUUUUCUUGUCAUUCAGAGGCUAGGGGAACACUUGCAGACACAGUUCUAAUGGUGGAGAAGGAAUUGGUUAUUGACAAACCACAUGUUGAAAUUUAUUGCAACUCUGAAACCGGACACUGUACAAUACCUCCUCAGACUUGUUCACAGUCACAUGAAUACAAUACAAAAAUAAUAAGCUAUCCUUACCCAGAGGGUAAUUUCCUGUCAGGGAGCAACCUCGAGCCCAUUUUAGAAUUAGAUCGUUGUCAGGACAGUCCCUUCACAUUGGAAAGUGAGAGCAACGUGAAGGAGAGAAAGACAUCCUUCCUAGAGAAUGCUGUAGAGGAGGGGAACAGUAUCAUAGACCAGGGUCAGACCAGCAUGCUCCUUGCUAGCUGCAUUCCUCACCCUUCCAGCAGUGUUGUUGGGGACUCCAGUGCCAGUAGAACAGUAGAUGCUUCUCCCUGCAGAAACACAGAAUGUCCACCUGUUUCCAGGACCCUAGUGCAAGACAUGAGCAAGAUGAGAUCCCAUCUGCCUGACAUCAACACGUCUGACGGCAAAUGUAUCACUGAGGCCGAGCAGGUCCAGGACCCUGAUAGCACCAACAGUGAUGUGGGAAUAGAUGAGAGCCUCUCAUCCCAUCCUAGAAGCAACUCCAGCCUCCGCAAGUCUGUGAAGAACAAAGAAUCUAAAACUGCCUCUACCAUGAAAAGCUCAAAAUUCUCAGUCUUCACCAGGAUGCCUUCGUUCAGGAAGGGGAAGACCCAAACACGGGAGAGAAAGGGUGAAGAUCAAGAGGUGUUAAAGGAAGCCAGAAUGAGUGUGGGUGCCAGUAAACCACACUCUCCUCUCUGCCAGGCCCACCUGUCCCAGAGCAUGGACCACCUAAGGGAUGUGGGCCGGCAGCCUGAAUACUUGGAUGAUGAUGUCUUGGAGGCGGGAGUUUACCCUAGUCGUACUUCUGUCCGCAGACACAAUGUGGAUGGGAUAGGUCUCCAACCAUCCAUAUCCCACACCCAGGACAUCUCCCAACCUAGUCUCCAGGGCCAUGGGGGCAGAGAUGUUGCUUGCAGCCCUACACUGGAGGGCCGGAGUCCCAGGAGGAGCAAAAGCAUAGAUAACCUGAACCUGCGGAUGAGGUUAGCUCUGGCACACAAAUCACUGUCAAGCCUGUUUGAGUCAAGGUCUUCAGACAAAGAAAAUGCAGACCUAUGUCCAGGGCCAAAGCAUGAGCAGCUGAUGACUGGAUCGCCUCAGGCUGAAGGUAAACAAGCCAAGGAAGUAGAAGUGCUUAAGAGGACUAUGUCAGAUCCUGAUGGGAGCAGUGCCAGGGCAGCCCAGCGGGUUGCACGGGACAGACUUAGCCUUCAGGGUUCUCCCACCAACCUGCAGUCUAACCUGAGGGCCCCAUUUCAUACUGACCCACUGAACAAGAAGGCAGUAGCACGGCAGUUCUCUGAGGGCUCUAAUGAGAGAAGGUCACAAGACAUGAGGAGAUCUAAGCUUCCUGAUGACAGGACUAGGGCAAGUCAUCAUCCUCCAUGUGACUCACAUAUCCUCAGCCUAAAGGACUCUAGCCCUUUGUCUCCCACAAACUGCACCUCUAUGGCCACCUUAGCCCAUCAACAUGCACCUUCUUGGGCCAGGUCACUGGGGUCCUUUGAGGGCAUAGAAGUUCCCCUCAGGCCCAUGAGUCCCAAACCUCAGAGCCCCAGAUCCUGGAACCACCGCCGGAGCUUUCGCUGCCCCUCACGGGGUUUUGCCACAUCUCUGACCUCGUUGGGGCAAGGGGUCAGUGUGGAAGGCCUUUGUGAGCCCCCGGAGAGGCCAAGGACGCACAAGCCUCGGACAUCCCAAAUGGCAUCGGCCCAUUUAGUAGACAUGGAGCACCAGCGAGAGAACUCGGAUUUGGGCAGCCACUGCCAAGACCUCCUGACCACCUCCAUGUCUGUCAACGACUUUGAGCUCAAGCACGACGGUGGCACCGCAGCCUGCCGCACGCCUGAGAAACAGCAGCGGGAAGCGGGGAGUGCGCCGCGGGUGCGGGGUCGAGAGCAGAGGUCACCGGGGCAGAGGCCGCUGUCUGAGCUGAGCGGCUGGACCGCGUCCCUGUGGGUGGCGGGCCGGAGGAAGGGCCCGGGAGGGCCGCUGCGGAGCUGCUCCGACGACCUCUGCAUCGAAACGGAGAGGAACCGGAAGAAGAGGCUGCUCAGGAGCGGGCUCGGCAGUUUGAGCCGGCUGACCGCGCCGCUGCCGGAGGAGCUGGACAAAGGCCAGGACCACAGAUCGAUCAGCUCCCCCCAGGACUUUUCCGCCCUGCCUCCGAGGGAGCUCUUUUUCUCCCAGAGCACCCCCGUGGGACUGGACUGUGUGGGGUGGCCCCGCCGCGCCUCCUACCCGGCCGUGGUGAUUCCUGAUGGGACACUGGACAGGGGAGAGGACAUGGGCAGUGAGGAGGACCUGUAUGAAGAGCUCAGGGGCUCCGGCCACCGCUUUGGCCACCCUGGCGGAGGAGGAGAACAGCUGGCCAUCAACGAGCUGAUUAGCGAUGGCAGCGUGUGUGCUGAGGCGCUGUGGGACCACGUUACCAUGGACGACCAGGAGCUGGGCUUCAAGGCCGGCGACGUCAUCGAAGUAGUGGACGCCACCAACAAGGAGUGGUGGUGGGGUCGCAUCCUAGACAGCGAGGGCUGGUUCCCAGCCAGCUUCGUUCGGCUUCGUGUCAAUCAGGAUGAGCCCAUGGAGGAGUACGUAGCCAAGCUGGAGGGCUCCAGGGAGGAGGAGAGCGGUGUGCCGCACCUCCUGGGCCCAGGACUCCCCUGUAAGGAACAGAUGAGAACCAACGUCAUCAAUGAGAUCAUGAGCACUGAGCGGGACUACAUCAAGCACCUGAAGGACAUCUGUGAGGGUUACAUCAAGCAGUGCCGUAAGAGGACGGACAUGUUCACCGAGGAGCAGCUGCGCACCAUCUUCGGCAACAUCGAGGACAUCUACCGCUUCCAGAAGAAGUUCCUCAAGGGCCUGGAGAAGAAGUACAACAAGGAGCAGCCUCACCUGAGCGAAAUCGGAUCGUGUUUCUUGGAGAACCAAACGGACUUCCAGAUCUACUCGGAGUACUGCAAUAACCAUCCGAACGCCUGCGUCCAGCUGUCCAAGCUCAUCAAAAUCAACAAGUACCUGUUCUUCUUCGAGGCCUGUCGCCUGCUGCAGAAGAUGAUCGACAUCUCGCUGGAUGGCUUCCUGCUCACCCCGGUACAGAAGAUAUGCAAGUAUCCGCUGCAGCUGGCCGAGCUGCUCAAGUACACCAACCCCCAGCACAGGGACUACAAAGACGUGGAAGCGGCACUGAAUGCCAUGAAGAACGUCGCCAGGCUGAUCAACGAGAGGAAGCGCAGACUGGAGAACAUCGACAAGAUUGCUCAGUGGCAAAGCUCCAUAGAGGACUGGGAGGGUGAAGAUGUCCUCACCAGGAGCUCGGACCUCAUCUUCUCAGGAGAGCUGACCAAGAUCUCCCAGCCUCAGGCUAAGAGCCAGCAACGCAUGUUCUUUCUGUUUGACCACCAGAUGGUGUACUGUAAGAAGGACCUGCUUCGUCGGGACAUACUGUACUACAAGGGUCGUGUGGACAUGGACCAGAUGGAGGUAGUGGACCUUGAGGAUGGCAAGGACAAAGACUUCAACGUGAGCGUGAGGAACGCGCUGAAGCUUCGAUCGACGGUCCCGGGAGGCGAGGUCCACCUGCUCUGUGCCAAGAAGCCCGAGCAGAAGCAGCGAUGGCUGCGCGCCUUCGCCGACGAGCGCCGGCAGGUGCAGCACGACCGGGAGACCGGUUUUGCCAUUACUGAGGUCCAAAAGAAACAGGCCAUGUUGAACGCUGGGAAAAGCCACCCAGUAGGAAAGCCCAAAGCUGUGACCAGGCCUUACUACGAGUUCCUCCUGCGGCAGAAACACCCGACGCUGCCCACAUCCCUGCCGCAGCAGCAGGUGUUCAUGCUGGCCGAGCCCAAGCGCAAGACCUCCAACUUCUGGCAGAACAUCGGCAGGCUCACGCCCUUCAGGAAGUGACUUGUGCCUCAACUUGUUGUCCGUGCUUGUGCCUGAACUUUUUUGUUACCCUUUUUUCUUUCCUUCGCUUAGUUUUUUUUUUUUUUUUGUCGUCGUUAUUGUUAUUAUAGUAUUUUCUACAAUGAUUUUUUUUGUGAAAGCACUUUACAGGUUGGUUACAAUCAGACUCUGAUACCUGGCUCCCGGACAAUAUUGUAUAAUAUUUUGGAAGGACGUAACUACUAUCCUAACGCUAGGAUGACAACUACUGCUAGGAUUGCUCUACUACUCCAACCAGAGCAGCAGCUGCUAUUGCUGAUGCAGGUAGAGCUCCGACUUGCAGUGACUUCGGCCGAAGAGAGGAGAGCUGCUGGCGUGUCGUGGGCUCUUUCGACAUUUGCCCGCUGUUCACCGCAUCAGAUGAUUCAGUUGUGUAUGCAAAUGGUUACUGUUAUGUACACUGCAUUAAAAUUCAAGGUGAAAAAGGGUUACGCAUGACACAGAAUCUUUACGGUGAGCAUUUUCCAAGUUGUAAUUCCAUUCAGUAAGCUGCUUUGAUGACGGUUUUUUGUAUGCAACGAGAGAAAAAAAAAAAAAUCCCAAAGAUCCCUAAACUCAGAUUGUCCUAAGCUUUCCGUAAAAAAGUCGCACAGUGACCAUCUGGUACCUUACCAUUUGCAUGUUUUGCUGUUUUUCCUGGGCCUUAUUCACAUCUUUCAAAGUGCCAUUUAUGAUUUCAUAAAGUCAUGGGAUUGAGAUGUGCUCUAACUGCUAUUGAAACGGAAGUUCUGAGACUUGAACCCAGCAGCAAUGUCUUAAUACUGAACUGCCCAAAAAAUAUUCCAUUCUAAUAUUUAUUUACGCAGCAAUCGCAGUUUCGUACAUGUGGCCAAGGUGUUAGAAAAAGCAGCUGCGACAAUUAGCCGACGGCGAUGUCGACGUUGUGUAGCAGGGGUUCGAACAAACAACCCUAAGAGCCACACUACCGAAUGGCCGACAUUACGUGGCGUCCGGGUGGCUGCCUUGUUUUUAAAAUAAGGCGAAAAAGUGUCCAUUCAUAUUAGUAAAUUAGAAAUUAACAUCAGUGUAGUAUAUAUAUUUUUGUGUAAAAUUCCACAUAAAAGUUAGAAAUCCUCCCAGGAAUGUUACCUAACGAAUAUAUUUUUGAGGCUAAAUUAAUUUUAAUGUGCCUAUACAAUCAUACAAGUGUAACUGUUUUGUUACUAGUUUUUAAAAUAUGUACUUGAUUACUGUGCACAUCAGGUAAUUAACACUGUAAAUACCCGGUAGCGAAGUAAGUACUGCGUUACUUCUCUAUUAGUUCACAAUCAUGUCACUCGGAAAGUUCGCGGUAUUAUUGGGGUCGGGCUGAGAGUAGAAUGAGAUCACGACCCUUGUUUCUCCUUUCUGUCUUAGAGGCAGUUCCUUUCGAAAAUUAUUUUGUUUGACCUGAAAUCUCAAAAAGCAAUUUUUAUACAGGAAAAAGGCCAAAUGCUGACCGAGUAAAAGUUCCCGAAAACCACAGCAAAAAUCAUCAUUCGCGGUUUUAUGUUUUUCCCCGAGGGCAGACCGGAACGUGUAGUUUUACGUCUUUAAUAUUUGAAAAUUCUUUACGUGUCAGGGCGGCAAAUGCUUCUGCUGUGCAUCUGAUGAGGACAGCGAAUCCGUUUCCAUCCUGCGGCCGGCGGAGAACAUUUUAAGUGCGACGCAGCGCAAAACCAACUGCGGCGUUUGGUCGGCGCCUCCUUCCGGAACGAGGGACUCCACGGGCGCAUUCGGCGAUACCUGUGUUUUUUUUCCGACCGACCUGCGCUGUACCCCGCCGCCCUGGUGACGUCUCCCCGGACACGACGCGUCCCGAGUAAUUUGUGUCGAAAAGCCAUGAGAAGAAGCAGUCGAGGAAUCCUGCGCCGUGUGACAGCCGAAGUUUUCCGAUGAACCCGUUCGACGUUUCUCAUCGGAAACCCGCGGGAGAACUCCUACGGAGAGGUCCGGCUCGACUUGUGCCGGGCUGUUGGGUCAGGGCUCGCGGGGUUCGCAGCUCGGCUGUUGGCGACACCGAGACGGGUCGUCUAGUCCUGCGGAGAACCGCCGGAUGGACCGGGUGCGAGGUGUGCGCGGCCGCUGCGGAGAGCGCGGCUCGGUAUCUCACCUCAUACAAAUGGUCGAAAGGGCCCUGACUGUUAGUUUUAGCUCCAGGUUGUUCUUCUGAAUUCAGUUGAAUUUAGUUUUCAUUAUUUUUUUUAUGCUGCCCUCGCAAUCAGUGUGACCUCAGAGCUUUUAAAAAACAAUUAGGUGUAAAGAAGUAAAUUGUCCCCCCCGUGUUUUCCAUCCAUUUCACCUUUCAUCCCUGCAGACUGUUGAAGUAUAUUCUGCCCUUUGGUUGUUUUUCUCAAGCCUCUUACCUGAGAUCAUGAUUCGAUCUCCUCGAACCCCGGUGCAUCCAGCUGCAGGCCUGGGGUGUUACUCUGUCCAGUUGGUGUCCAACGUGGAAUCAGCAGAAGGUUAUUUCUGUUAUCCUUGAUGCUGCUUUGGUCUUUGGUGAACCUGCAUGCUGCUUUCAGAACUUGAUACUCAAGUGUUUGUUUGUCUUUUACCCAUAAAGAGUCUGUCAAGUGUGCUUAAUAUGCAAAUGAAAGCUGUCAUUCAAACAAGAAACACGGCUUCAUGUUGAACUAGCCUAUGGUGUUUUUUUUGGGUGGGGGCUUAAGAUCUCUAUGAAAUACCAUGUUAUUUUGCCAUUAAGCAAGUGCAUGCCUAAAUGCCAAGAAUGUCAAAUUUAGUAGAUUUUAACGGGAGAAGCAUCUAUUAUUUAAACGUGGGUCCUUGAAACUGAAAGAACAGCCGUCUCCGGCAGCGUCCGAGGAGUGAGCGUUGCAGUGCGGCGCAGCUGAAACAAAGACAGGUAACGUCCGGUACGGUGGAGUGCGCUUAUAAUCACCCACAUUAUGGUAAUGGUACGAAUAAGUAAUUAAAAUCAGUGGCACUCUAAUUAGGGAUUUCUUAUCACUUCUCAAGUAUUAACACAAAGAAAAACUUUUGUAACCCAAGCGAUGAAAUGCCUUUUUAACAGAGAAGUUUUAAUAAUUACAACAAUGAAAUAUUAAGAAAAAAAUAUCGGUUUAGCUUUUUAUGGGACGAAUUUUCAUAGUCGUUUCUUUAAAGGCAUGCAAACCCCCACCAGCUUUAGCAGCUGUUCCUUACAGCGUUUUGGUCCAGUUUCCCUGUAAGCCAGUUCAAAGCCAGGCUUCGAAGGCUGUGCGUUGAAUUGAGCAUUUCUGAGGAUGUGCAUGCUGCACUUUGUGCUUUUUUAAAAAUAUAUUUCGG